UCAUUUUUCUUCUUUUUUCUUAAACCAAUUCUCUGUCCAUCUAUUACUUUCUUUCUCCAUCUCUUCGUUCUCUUUCUUCAUCUCUUCGUUCUCUAUUUCUCCCUAAGACUAAAACCCAGAUCCGAAAAGCAGAAAAUCAGAAACACGUUCCAAACCCAAAUCUAAAUCACAUACACAUCCCUUCCCCUCUGUCUUCUUCGUCAUUCUUUUUUCUCACGCUCUCAGAUCCCGUUCCAUUGCCUCUUAAAUCCAAUCUAGGCCCAAAAACCCUAAUACCCAAAACACAAAUCCUAACCCCUCAGCCCCAAUAACCACAUCUCUUAUGCUUUCCUCUCGAUUUUGUGCUUUUAUGUUCUGUGUUUGUGUGAAUUGACGACUGUCUCAAUUUUUAUGAGGUUUGAGUUGAUUUUUCGAUCCGUGAUAGAUUUCCAAAUGCCCGGGCAGAAAUUUUGGGUUCCAAAUCGGCAAGCUGAGCAUGAAUCUUAUUUUCAGUUCAUCCUCGCGACUCUGCUUUGCCUCGUUUUGAAAGGAGUCGGAUGAUUCGGAUGCAACUUUUAUUACGUAUAAUCAAUGGUAUCAAUGAAAUUCAUGUGUCUUCUUGGCUACUGGUAUUGAGAAAUUGUCAGCAAUAUUAGUGUAGAAUUGUGAUCAACUUUCUUAGCUAUGUCAGUUAUAUACUUGAAAUAUGUUCAUCUAAGACUGAAUUUGGUGGUCUCCUUCCACAGGGUUAGGGAUUGUGGAAUUUGGUUGGUAAUGCUGCUCAAUGCUCACUCUCAGAUUCUUUCAUUAAGCUCCGCAUUUGACUAGUUUUUUUCUGAAGUUAUUUGUAUGGAUUGUUGAGGCCCCCAUUAUUGGUUCUUUGGUAAUCUCAUUGUUGAAGAAGCAUAAUAAGAUGACUCAGUUACUGAGAAACACUUCGAUUCCAGAAGCACCAUGUUCAAACCUGAAUUUCCUCCUCAAGGUAGCUGUUGCUUUGGAGAAAGCUGCACAAUCUGAUGAGUAUUUUGUUAAGAGAAAGUUGUAUCCAAAUGUUGAUUUCUACACUGGGUUUAUAUGUAGGUACUUGUCCUUGUGUAACGAUAUGAAAGCUUGUGGGUUCCUGUUUGUAACUGGUACAUAUUGGGGAGUGGCUGCGACACUAUUUGCCAUUGAAAGAAUAGAUUGCAAGCACUCAUGCAGACAAACUGUCUCAAGUUUCUGUUUCAAAUGCCACCAAGUGUCAUUUGCUUAGAGCUAGAAGUGUUUUGUGAUUAAGCGCAAUUUUUGAUGUACAAACGAACCAAUUGUUUUUAAUGCAAGGAAUAAAAAGAAAAAGUCUG